GCUCUGCUGCCCGCUGGCGCUCGGCGGACCCGCGCGGGGCCUGGCUGGGGCGGCCGAGGGCUCCGCGGCCGCGGAGCAGGGCGUUUGGCAGCUGCUGCUGGUCACCUUCGUGUCCUACGCCCUGCUGCCCGUGCGCAGCCUGCUGGCCGUCGGCUUCGGGGUCGUGGUGGCCGCCUCGCACCUGCUGGUCACGGCCACGCUGGUACCCGCCAAGCGCCCGCGUCUCUGGAGGACGCUCGGGGCCAACGCACUGCUCUUCGCGGGCGUCAACAUGUAUGGUGUGUUCGUGCGCAUCGUGACGGAGCGCUCGCAGAGGAAGGCCUUCUUGCAGGCCCGGGGCUGCAUCGAGGACCGCCUGCGGCUGGAGGAUGAGAACGAGAAGCAGGAGCGGCUGCUCAUGAGCCUCCUGCCCCGGAAUGUUGCCAUGGAGAUGAAGGAGGACUUCCUCAAGCCCCCCGAGAGGAUUUUCCACAAGAUUUACAUCCAGAGGCAUGACAAUGUGAGCAUCCUGUUCGCGGACAUCGUGGGCUUCACGGGCUUGGCAUCCCAGUGCACAGCACAGGAGCUGGUGAAGCUGCUGAACGAGCUCUUUGGCAAGUUCGACGAGUUAGCCACGGAGAACCACUGUCGCCGCAUCAAGAUCCUCGGGGACUGCUACUACUGUGUGUCCGGCCUCACCCAGCCCAAGACCGACCAUGCCCACUGCUGCGUGGAGAUGGGGCUCGACAUGAUUGACACCAUCACGUCUGUGGCUGAGGCCACUGAGGUGGACCUGAACAUGCGUGUGGGGCUGCACACCGGCAGGGUCCUCUGUGGCGUCCUGGGCCUGCGCAAGUGGCAGUACGACGUGUGGUCCAAUGACGUGACCCUGGCCAAUGUCAUGGAGGCUGCUGGGCUGCCGGGGAAGGUUCACAUCACAAAGACAACCCUUGCCUGCUUGAAUGGGGACUAUGAGGUGGAACCGGGCCAUGGCCAUGAGAGGAACAGCUUCCUGAAGGCUCACAACAUCGAGACCUUCUUUAUUGUGCCGUCCCAUCGUAGAAAGAUUUUCCCCGGCCUGAUCCUCUCGGACAUCAAGCCCGCCAAGAGGAUGCGGUUCAAGACCGUGUGCUACCUGCUGGUGCAGCUCAUGCACUGCCGGAAGAUGUUCAAGGCCGAGAUCCCCUUCUCCAAUGUCAUGACCUGCGAGGAUGAUGACAAGCGGAGGGCGCUGAGAACAGCCUCGGAAAAGCUUCGGAACCGCUCGUCCUUCUCCGCCAACGUGGUCUACACCACGCCGGGCACGCGGGUCAACAGGUACAUCAGCCGGCUGCUGGAGGCCCGGCAGCCCGAGCUGGAGAUGGCCGACCUCAACUUCUUCACACUCAAGUACAAGCACGUGGAGCGGGAGCGGAAGUACCACCAGCUGCAGGACGAAUACUUCACCAGCGCCGUAGUCCUCGCCCUCAUCCUGGCUGCCUUAUUUGGCCUUAUCUACCUUCUGGUAAUCCCACAGAGUGUGGCCAUCUUGCUCCUGCUUGUGUUCUGCAUCUGCUUCCUGGUUGCCUGUGUGCUGUACCUGCACAUCACCCGCGUCCAGUGUUUUCCAGGGUGCCUGACUAUCCAGAUCCGCACCGUUCUGUGCGUGUUCAUCGUGGUCUUAAUCUACUCCGUGGCCCAAGGAUGCGUGGUGGGCUGCCUGCCCUGGGCUUGGAGCUCCCAGUCCAACAGCUCCCUGGUGGUCCUGGCGGCCGGCGGCCGGCGCACUGUGCUGCCCGCCCUGCCCUGUGAGUCUGCCCACCACGCCCUGCUGUGCUGCCUGGUGGGCACCCUCCCGCUAGCCAUAUUCCUGCGGGUGUCCUCCUUGCCAAAGAUGAUCCUGCUGUCUGGGCUCACCACGUCCUACAUCCUCGUCCUGGAGCUCAGUGGCUACACCAAGGCAGGGGGUGGAGCCCUCUCUGGGCGAAGCUACGAGCCCAUCAUGGCCAUCCUGCUCUUCUCCUGCACGCUGGCCCUGCACGCCAGGCAGGUGGACGUCAGGCUGCGGCUGGACUACCUCUGGGCAGCACAGGCAGAAGAGGAGAGGGACGACAUGGAGAGGGUGAAGCUGGACAAUAAGCGGAUCCUCUUCAACCUCCUGCCGGCCCACGUCGCACAGCACUUCCUCAUGUCCAACCCUCGGAACAUGGACCUGUAUUACCAGUCCUACUCCCAGGUGGGUGUCAUGUUCGCGUCCAUCCCCAACUUCAACGACUUCUACAUUGAGCUGGAUGGCAAUAACAUGGGCGUGGAGUGUCUGCGGCUGCUCAACGAGAUCAUUGCUGACUUUGAUGAGCUCAUGGACAAAGACUUUUACAAGGACCUAGAGAAGAUCAAGACCAUCGGAAGCACCUACAUGGCUGCAGUAGGGCUGGCGCCCACUGCGGGGACCAGGGCUAAGAAGUCCAUCUCUUCCCACCUCUGCACGCUGGCCGACUUCGCCAUCGAGAUGUUUGAUGUCCUGGAUGAAAUCAACUACCAGUCCUACAAUGAUUUUGUCCUCCGAGUUGGCAUCAAUGUCGGCCCAGUGGUGGCCGGGGUGAUCGGUGCGCGCAGGCCCCAGUACGACAUCUGGGGAAACACGGUCAACGUGGCCAGUAGGAUGGACAGCACUGGGGUGCAGGGAAGGAUCCAGGUGACUGAGGAAGUCCACAGGCUGCUUCGGAAGUGCCCCUACCACUUCGUGUGCAGAGGCAAAGUCAGCGUCAAGGGCAAGGGGGAGAUGCUGACCUACUUUCUUGAAGGCAGGACUGAUGGCAACGGUGUCCACCCCCACCCCAUGCACCUGGGACGGAGGAUGUGUUCUUAUGGGGGAGCCGGAGGCCAGGCCAGGCGGCCCCUGCUGUGCCCCGCAGCCGGCCCCCCAGCCAGGGCCGGGCUACCCCCAGCACCCCCUGGGCCAUACCUGCCAUCCACAGCUGCAGGGAAGGAGGCUUAGUGGACCCGUGUGGGCCGCUCGAGGUGCAUGCAGGGCGACAUGGGCCACCACGGCCCCAGCCAGGACCAGCUGGAUGAGGAGAGCAGGGAGCCAGUGGCCAGGGUGCAGAAGGGGCAUUGUCCACCAUUGUGUGGCCUGAGCAAGGGCCAACAGCCACGCCUGUGCCACCUGACCUGCCCAGCUCUGGCCGGCGUGGGCCCUGGGACUCUGAGGAUGUCUGCAGUGGAGGUCUGGCUGGCAGAGGGACAGAGGAGCUACCACAAGUGAGCCCCAAGUUGGCGCCAAGAUAAGAGGUCUAGGCCCACACAGGCCGGUGGCUUGUGGAUAGGACGGUGUGGGAAGCACUGUGACGCCACCCCUUGCUGCCUGGGGACUGGGGCCGCUGGCUUCCCUGAGAGCAGACCUAUGCCCGGAGCCAGAGGCAGGUCUUCUGGAUCCUCAGGGCUGCAGCCCCUGCAUCCUUGGCCAGCACCAGCUGCUUCUCUCGUUUGUGUGUCUCCUGCCCUGCCGUCACGCCUGGCUCCUGUGACAGCUGGGCGGGUUCCACCUGCAUGUCACUGUGUGUGCCCAGGAGAACAGGUGCCUGUCCUGCCUUCUGCAAGUUCUAUGUGGUCCUGGGUGAAGGAUGAGAACUCAGGCUCCAUUUAUGUGGAGAACGCAUGACUUCACACCCACAAGUCAGGUUCCUGGAGGGAAGACAUCGUGUCUCUGGCACAACCGGCCCUCCUGAGACUGUGUGGUCCUGCGUCUAGCAGCCCUGCUGCAGUGUGCGGAGAGGCUGCGGGUGGUCCCGUUGACACCCGGGACCCCUCACCUGUGCUUCUUGGUGACUGCAGCAGAGAUGAAGGCAGGAAGUGGGUGACCGGGGACUGGCAGAGCUUUAGGAAGGGACUGCCUGGAAUCGCCAGGAACCCUGGCUCCUGGAGACCUCUGUCAUCGCUCCUGGGGAGGCGGGCAGUUGGAAACAGGGCUGAGGGUGGUCUGGGUGGGCUCAUUGGCAAGGAGACAUCCAGAGGAAAGGUGUGGCACGGCUGUGGGGAGCAGGCGGGCUGAGCCCUGCCCUCUCCAGGCUGUGGGGGUCCCCCUGUUGCCUCUAGAUGGGUCCCUGACCCAGCCAGGGUCAGGUGUGUGGCCAGCUGGGGCAGCAGGGCCCUCACUGCAGCUGGGGCGGCUGCUAGGUGAUGCUUGGGGCAGACUGACCACAGCCCCAUGGGACUCAGGAUGGAGGUGGAGGCAGCCUGUGGUCCUGGCAUCUCCGUGCAUGGGAGAUGCUCUCGGGCACUUCCCUGUCUUUGGGGUGUCCAUCCGAGGUCAGGGGGAUGCUCCUGAGGCCUGGCAGCCUCAUCUGGUCAUCAGCUGUGACCCAGCCAUGGCCUGAGACCCUGCCCAGGGCAUUCCCACCCACCCUCCGGCUGCUGCCUCCCUCUGCUCCCAGCUGUCUUGUCUUGUCAUCUCCUUCCCACUGGCGUUUUCUUGUCUGUCUGUUCCUACCAGAUGUGAAGCGCUCGGCUGGGAUGGGGCACAGGCGAGCAGGGAGGUGGUGGGGUGAUGGCGGGCAGGCUGUGGAAGGGCAGGGUCACCAGUGCAGCCUGCUCCCGUUCUGUGCCCGUGUGGCUGCUGGGCUGUCCCAUGUGUGUCCUGUCCCACAGCAAGGGGCUUUGCAGAUCGGAUUAGGGUAGGACCUGAAGCUGGGAGGGACCCUGGACUCUACCGGUGGGCUCGCCGUGGCCACAGGGCCCCUCAGAAGUGGAGAAGCAUGGCCAGGGCUGAGCCCCGAAGGAGAAUGAUGGACAACUCACAGCUGCUCCCAGUGCUUGCGGGUGAGAAGUAGGGACGUCACUCCCUCAGCCACAGGCAGCUGAAUUUGCCCACAGCCCGAGUGGAUAGCAGCAGUGGCCCAGGCUGCUCUGCAGGAGCCCAGCCUGGCGACACCUGGACCAACCUCUGAGACUCAGAGCCGAGUCAGCUGCCACGCAGGACUGGGGCCUGGAGUCCGUGUCGCUGCACAGUCACAGCCGCGUGCCCUCUCGGCGCGGGACAGCUCUGCGGGGCCACUUGGCAGCCUGGCACGGGCAGACAUCUCCAUCUCCAGCAGCAGCAGCAGCAGCAGCUCCAAAUCCCACCUCCUUCCUCCGAGGUCAGGAGCUGUGUUCAGCCAUAUGUUCCCUGGGGUUUGAUGAAAAAUCACUUACUUCCUUUUUAUUUGUGAUAAACCUGUAUUAUAUUGCCUUAUUUAUUUUUAAUCUUGUACAGUAUUCAUGCACAAACUUUAGAGCCAUUCGGGUAGGAGUCUCUUGAAACAAUUUAUUUUAAGAUGCUCUGUACAUAGCGCACCACUUACAGGUGCUGCCUGGCACUCUACCAAAAAUGAGGAAAAGCCUGGCUCUGCCCCAUCAGCCCUGCCCGCUCAGCGAUACCAUGGCCCUUGGGAAAUGGCCCUCUGUGUCCCCUCUUCGCAUGCCUCCCGUGCCUGCCACCAUAGAGUAGAACACAGCCCCAGAAUGCUUCCAGAUGCUUCCACAGGCCGUGCCGACCCAGGCCGGUCCACUCCUGGGGUGCCCGUGUCCUGCAGGUGGACGCCCCACACACCCAGCAAUCCAGUUGUCAGCCCGUGUUUUUCAGACUCUAAAGCCAUGGGGCGUCCAGACCCUUCUGUCAUAGAAGCAAUAACUGAAACUGUGCUGCAGAGCCCAGUCUGGCCCUUGCAGACUGGCCUUUCAGAGACGAGCCGUGCAUAGGAGUUGGCCGUGAGGGACUACACUGCCCCAGUAGACCUGGACCUGGCCUCUCCAUCCCUAGAGUCGAGCUCAGCGUCCCAGGCAGGUGAGCAGAUGCAGCCGGUGACCUGUGCUCUAAGUGAGGAGGAGGCAGGGCCCCCACCCCAUGAAGCCUCUCCCAUCCUGUCUUAGUGCUGGCCUCCCAUGAUCGAGGGUAUCUGGCAUUAAAAAGGUACCAUUUCCAGGGCUGUCUGCUACCCUUGCUGCCCAGGCGGGACACCCUCUGGCUUGGUGAGCCUGAGGGAAAGGCUGGGUGCCAAGGUUGAUAUGGAGGAUUGGGACCCUGGGCAGGACUAGGCCGACCGCCAGUGAUCAGGGUUUUAUUUGCAUUUCAUAGGAAGACUGUGCCGUGGUUCUGAUACUAACCCGGAAAGACUGCAUUCUGGUUGCUGUCAUGGCCCAGGUCAGAGAGGAGCGGUUUGGGUAGAAGCAUCAGUGUGUGGAGGAUACCACCUGGGCAGGGCUGGCUCGGGACCCCCGAGUCCUGGGGAUUUUGUUCCCAACCCAUGCAGGCCCUGAGUCCAACAGGGACGCUCAGUUUGCAAGGUGAGGGUGGAUCUGUACCUGGCAGGGAGGAACAGCGCACAUCUAACAGCACUGGUUCCUGGAGUCACUGAAGUGCUGCUCAUGCUGCUCACUCUGCAGACCUGCAGGUCUGAUGGCUGUGUGUAAAGUAGCACUGGAAGCAGGCGUGAUUGUGGCUUUGGAAUGGCUUUGAUCUCACACUCACACACACACACACACACACACACGACCUUCCUAGAGGUGAUUGGAUUUUGAAAUAGCUAAUUUGGUGAAAUUAAUGAAGAGCACAGUGCAGCUUUCGUCUGGCCCAGGAGCAACCCUCUCCCCCACUGCAUUUGCUGUGAGAGCUUGCACUGUGUCCCUCGGUCCCAUGGAUCCCCAGGUUUGAUAGCAAGUGUGUGACCACUUCUGCAGAGUGUCCUGGGGUUGGGUUUGCCUUCGUGCCCUUUAGGCAAGGGUUAGAGGAGCUGCCGGAGUGCACUUAAAUCAGACUCAGGAGGAUGUGGGGGGCCAGGGCCCAGCAGGUAGGAUCAGGGGCUACACAGAGCUGGCCUGAGUGUGGGUAGGUUAAUUUCCGUGGCUCAGGCCUUCACACUGAACUUGGGGGGUGGCGGAGAAAGGUCUCCCUGGAGGAACUCAGAUCCCCAACGACUCUUGGCACCUGAGAGGAAAUGGCAUGGCCAAGUGUCAGGUUUGGCAGAGCGGGCGUGGUAGAAAUGGUUGCUUUAGCCUCCUGUGGCCCAGCACCUCCUGCUGGAUAAGUCAGCCAGAGCCAUGUGGUCGGAUGGACCCAGCUGAUGACCGCUGCCCGGGGUCCUGGCCUGGAAGCUGCAGAUGCUGGUGCUGUGUGGACAGUGUGCGGCAGGUGGCAGUGCCCAGGCUGUCCCUCUCAUGGGGGCAGGUGCCCCGAGCACAACCCCAGACCAUAUGGCAUGCAGGCAUGGGGAUGUCAGGCCCAGGGACUGCCUCCCCUUGAGGGACCCACAGGACACUCUGGAAAGUGUCUGGGCACUUCCUGCCUCACCCUCCUGUGGUCACAGCCUAUGAAGGCAGGUCUAGUCGUAGGAUGUGAGAUUUGUCACCCACAUGGCCCGUGCCAUCAUCACCGAUUGCAGAUGCCACAUUUGGGGACCAAGAUCCCUAAGCAAUGCGCUGUUGCAGAGACCCAGAUAUUUGUAUGUUUAAGGUUCUGUGAAAGUUUAAUGCAUUCAGUUGCAUAUCGGACACAUUCAUUACAUUUUAAAAUAUUACUCAACUAGAGGCCAGGCUUAGUUCAAAUCAGUGUGUGUCCAUGUGUGUGUGUGUGUGUGUGUGUGCACACCUGUUCCAGGGACUAAUGGGGAUUCGUAAAAGGAACAAAAUUAGAAAACAACCAGAUGCCCGACACCUGGGGUAUUAGGUCAAACUAUCCUCAGUGUCCCGACCUGAAACUUUCUUUGGAGGAGGAGGAGGAGGUGGGGACAGGGACAUACAGACACCUGGUGGCACCUGAGGGGAUGUCCUCAAGGUCCCUGAGGCCCUGUCCACCCACAGCUGCAGAGUCUUUGACUUUUUAAAACUAUCUGCAAUAUCAGCACUGAGGCCUAAACUCGACCUUUAUUUUUGCCUGUUUGGCUUUGGGUUUUCUUGCACACGUGGGACCUGUGGAGAGCUCUUAAUGUGGGUGGAGUCCAUGAAGGAGGAAGCAAGUGGGCCUGAGCCUCAGGCCCAUGUCUCCUUCCCCAGGUACAGAGCUGAGUUGAGGUCUGGGAAUGUCGCCUUCAGUUUUCCUGGACAAUGGCACCAGUAGACAGGCGGCCUUCCUAGGUUGUGGCUGAAAACUGGCUGUAAAAAACAUCUUAACGAUCAGACAGAGAGGAUCACAGUGGCUGCCAUGUGGCCUUGUCACUGUGGCCUCUGUCCCGCAGGGCUGGUCACUUCAGAUCCUGUCCCUUCAUCCUUUGUGAAGUCGCUGAGUUCCCUUCAACAGGGUCCACUUUGUCCCACACUCAACUCCGGGGAAGGCAGCAUCACUGUCACAUCUAGCGGAAGCUGGACUCAGUGGGCCUUUUGUUGGGACUGUAAAUUCACAAAGUGCUCAUUCUGUUCCCAAAUCUGGCUUCCUAGUCUCUGGGCCCCUGUGGUUCCCGCGCCUCUGCCACCCGUAGAGGAGUUGGUGUGACAGUGCUCGUGUUGCCCACGGAGAAUUGGAGGCCCGGAGGGUCUGGGGACUCGAGGGGCUCAUCACACAGCCAGGCCUUGGCCUCUGUUCAUCCCGUCCCAGCACCAUUGUUCCCAACAUUUCCCAUUACAGCGAAGGUCUCUAUGCUGAGAGUGGAACCUGCACACACUGCCGAUUUCAUGGAGAAUACUAGCUGGUCACAGUUGUAUGCGCAGUGGAGAAGGGACCCCCCAAGGCCCGCACGGCUCCAGCCCCCCAUCCUGGGAGCCUGUGUCCACUCUGGACUGGCUCUGCAGGCCCUGGCCAAGCCACAUUCCUCCUGGAAUAUUACCGAGCCCCGCAAGGCGAUGAGACACUAGGCCUCAGGUGGCACUACUUAGUCAGAUUGUGGUUUAUAUUCUAUAGCUUUUUGGUUUGAAAUGCAGCCAGUACCUAAAAUGUGCAGAAUCUCCUUAAAUGGGGGAUGGCUGCAGUCUCUCUGGAAAGCCUUGCUGACAUCCAGUAGGGACAGAGCCAUGCCGCCCCCUGAGGACACAGGCUUCACAGCAGCGCCAGGGCUGCAGGUGCUGGUCGGGGGCAUCGGGGGCUCUGGGAAGCCUGGUGGUCAUGCCUGCUAUUUUGCGUAGAGCUGUUCCGUGUUAAGGUUGGAUGCUACUGGUGGGACGAGGGCGGCCACUUUCGUUCCCAGGGUUGGAGGGUGUGGGAUGAGCAGAGCUGCCCAGGAAUGGUCAUUAGCAUGGAGGCGAGUAGGACAGGUGGAGAGCCAGGCCUGGUCACCAAGCAGGUCCAAGUGCCUGUCUGUGUCGUGGUACCAUGGAGUGACAACUUUCAGAUGGGUUGGUUUCCAAAAUCACCUUGAGCCGCUUACUGAGAACCAGUGUUGAGACAGAGAGGACUUCCUGGAGUGGCUCUGGGGAGAUAGGAGGUCCCUGGGGCUUGUGGGUGGGGCGGGCUGGCUGUCAGGACGGCUCAGAGGGUCCCUGCAGGCCUGACAACGGCCAGAACUUGUCUCUCCCUCUCACCAGCACCCCCCGCUCCACCCCGGGCUCUGGGCAAAAGAAGCACAAGUCUCAGGGGACCCUCCCCACUGUGGGGAUCCCAAGGACGCCCACAGCACCUGCUGCACACCCCGGAGUGUGGACACACACACCACCGGGAGCACACGCCCACUGUGCUGCCUUGACCCCUGCCGACACUGCACACACCAAGCCAUUGCACUCCAGAAUUUCAUGCUGUGAAAUUCCCACCUUGUGGGCCUUUGAGUUUGGAGUCCUGCAGCGUGCAGAAAGGGAUAGGCCUGGCUGCAGAGCAGCCCUGAAAGCCAGGACAGGUCGCGUGGACCCUUUAGAUGGUGUAGCUCGAGCACUUAGUGGGUGCUGUGUGCUUUCAGCCCAGACAUCUCCACUGUCCUCCCACCUGCACUCUCAUAACCUAAAAAGUCAGCGCCACGACCACGUGGCCAUCUCCUAGCGUGACUCCAUCCUGAUUUACGGCAAGCUGAAACCAACUCCUGAGGAAAGUCACAUGAGCGCUCGUGUCCGCCUGUGUCUGGCUGGAGAGGGAAGAGUCCCCCCGUAGGACAAGAGCGGCGUGGGCCGAGGGGUCAGCUUCUCCCACAAGGUGAACUUAGUGAGGAUGCUUCUGUAGGCGGGAGGACACAGCAGUGCUACUCUGCAUCACAGCGCCGCAAUCUCACUGGGUAACUUCUCGUGAUAGAUUUGUAAUCAAUACGGGUCUAUUUUUAUGUCAACUGGACACUGAAGAGCACCUUCCAAUCUUUUUCAAGAUUGUUAAAUUGAGACAAGUAAUUGAAUAAUUUGUCCUAUUUUUAUUUUAAAAAAAAGUGAAUGGAUUGAAAUGUUAAAUGUGAAUGUACAUUUCUUAAUUGCAACUUUUCUACUGAGUGUUUGCACUAUACUUUCUGGAGUCUUAUUUAACAAAAAUAAAGAGGAACAAAAUUGCUUGACUAAA